CUUCUUAACGAUCAUAAAUUAUAAUUUAGAUUGCUGGAGCGAUCAGUCAAGCUGCCGAUGAAGUGAUCUCUGGCCAACUGUACGACGAUCAUUUCCCCCUGGUGAUCUGGCAAACUGGGUCUGGAACCCAAUCCAACAUGAACACCAACGAGGUGAUUGCUAACCGAGCAAUUGAGAUCCUAGGGGGUACACUUGGAUCCCAGAAACCGGUUCAUCCCAACGAUCACGUAAACAAGAGCCAGAGCAGCAACGACACCUACCCCACUGCUAUGCAUAUAUCUGUUGCUGUAGAAAUCCACGAGACCCUGCUGCCCGGCCUCCAGAAGCUCCAUGAUGCCCUGGACGCCAAGGCCAAGGAAUACGCAGAUAUUAUCAAGAUCGGUCGUACGCAUACUCAGGACGCAACUCCGCUUACUUUAGGCCAAGAAUUCAGCGGAUAUGUUCAACAAAUCGCGUUCGGAAUUGACAGGAUAAAGGCGUGCUUGCCCCGUGUAUAUAUGCUCGCCGCCGGUGGUACUGCCGUAGGAACAGGACUAAACACCAGGGUUGGGUUUGCAGAAAAAGUUGCAGCAAAGGUUAGCGCUCUGACCGGACUACCGUUCGUCACCGCCCCAAACAAGUUCGAAGCCCUCGCCUGUCACGACGCCAUGGUCGAAGUUUCCGGAGCUCUGAAUGUGAUCGCCUGCUCUCUUAUGAAGAUUGCCAAUGAUAUCCGAUUCCUAGGUUCUGGACCAAGAUGUGGACUCGGAGAGCUCUCUCUGCCUGAAAACGAACCCGGAUCCUCCAUCAUGCCGGGAAAAGUAAACCCUACACAGUGCGAAGCCAUCACUAUGGUGGCUGCUCAAAUUAUGGGAAACCAUGUAGCAGUUACCGUCGGCGGAUCUAACGGUCAUUUUGAGCUGAAUGUUUUUAAACCAAUGAUGGUGGCGAAUGUUCUCCGAUCUAUUCGCCUCAUUGGAGAUUCCGCAUCCGCCUUUACUGAUAACUGUGUUGUUGGUAUUGUGGCUAACCGUGAAACUAUUAAUAAACUUCUUCAUGAAUCCUUGAUGUUGGUAACAGCUCUAAACCCUCAUAUCGGAUACGAUGCUGCCGCUAAAAUUGCCAAGACUGCGCACAAGAAUGGAACCACCUUGAAGGAGGAAGCGAUUAAGCUCGGUUACCUCAACGAGGAACAGUUUAAUGAAUGGGUACGUCCUGAGGAUAUGCUGGGACCUAAAUAAACCUUUAUAAAUUAAUUAUUAAGUUUUUAAAUUAUAUUUCUGGUGAAAUAAAAUGAUCUUCCGCCGAUUUUAGUAGAGCAGGAUUGUCAGGAUCGAUCCUAAUCGAGACUGUUAUCAGAUGAACUUAAAUGUCUGACUCUGUUUUCAGA